AUGAUUUUUUUUUUAAUUAUAAUCUCUAUUGAUUAAUUUUAAGCUAUAAGAAACUUAGCCAUAACAUUGGGUCCUUUAACUUAAUAGUCUAUUACCUAUGUAAUUUAUUAGGAUGAGCAACUUAAUUAAUAAUUUAGCUUAAAGGAGACUCGUUGGAGCAAUUGUUCUCCAUUGGAUUUAUUAUACAUUAAAUCUAAUGUGAAUUAACAAGUUGCAUAUACUCCCUUAAAUAUAAUAAACACUGGUGAUAAAGAUUUAAUUAUAGAUUCUUUGAGUCUUACAACUUAAAAAGGCUAGACUAUGAAGAUAGCACUAAAUAAUACUAAUAAUAUUGUAGUCCAGAAAAAGGGAGUUGAGAUCAUAAAUAUCCAAUAUUUUUGUGAGAAGAAAUUAGCAAAGGAAAACUAUUGGGCUGUAAUUGAUAUUACCCUCAAAAUAUCCAAUCAAUCUCUGAAAUUUUCAUAUUAGUAUAUUUGCGAUCCUAAUUUCCAUCCAAAAAGAUUUGAUUGGAGCUAUUUGAUUUUAAUUGUAACAAUGUCAACUUUUGUCCUCUUUCUAGCGAGGUAAUAAAAAUUAAGUGCAUUUAAAAUCACCUAUUAUGAUAAAUUGAAUAAUAAAAAUGUUGUUGUGUUUUAAGGAUUUCAUUUAGGUUUGAAAGGGGCUAUUAUAUAUAAUACUAUAUUUGCUGUAGGUGUAAUUGCAGCAUAUGUAUUUGAAAAAGCAGUAGAAGAAUUAGAAGAAAAUAUAGUUCGAUGCUUUUGCUUAAUAUUUGGAUUUAUUUUAAUUAGUGAACUUUGUUACAAAAUGAAAUUUUUAAAAAUACGAAUCGUUUCCAUCCUAAGGGCUUGCGAUAUCAUUGGAUUACUUGUAACUAUUAUAACUUUACAUUUGUAUGUAGAUCUUAAUGAACCUUGGAUUAUUAGCAAUUUAUUAACGAUCUAUUUGGUUGGGACUUCAAUCAAGUUAUUCAAAAUAACAAGCUUAAAAAAUGGAUUGCACUUUUUUAUUCCCUGCAUAAUAAUGGACAUCCUUUUUUCAAUAUAUGGUAGCUUUUUUGUUCGCUAUGAGUGGGAUAGUCUUGUUAUGAAAUACUUUAAUACACCUCUUACUGCUUAGUUUCCAUACUUCUAUCCUAUUUAUAAAAAAAAAUGCGGCUGGUUGUCCAUCACUUCUAUUUUGUUUCCUGCAUUUUUCCUUGCUUAUGCCCAUAGAGUUGAUCGAUAUAAGGAUUCUAUAAUUUAUAGAUUAAUAUCAUAUAUAGGUUUACAAGUUGGAUUGACCUUAUGGUUUACAUUUUCAUCUCUUUAUUCUAUACCUUUGCCUGUUUCAUCAUUUACUCUAUUUCCAACAAUAGGAAUUAGUGCUAUUAUUGCAUUUCAGAGAAAUGAAAUUAAAGUGAUGUGGAAUGGUGAUUUUUAUGAUCAAGUUUUAUUAAAUCCUUGGAGACAUUAAAUUCAAGCAGGGGAAAGAGGAUCAAUUCAUGUCUUGAAUAAAAAAGGAAACGAUGAAACGGAAUUACAAAAUCUUGCAGAUUAAGAAUCAUAAAAUUAAUAAACUUAACUUCUAAGAAUAUCUAGAGGUUAAAUUAAAUUACACAACGAGUUAUUUUAGGGAUUAUUGGAUUGA